ACGACCAUUAUCCCCCACGCAUGACAGUUUGCCGUCUUCCUGUUCGCUCGUGGCUAGAGGACGUUGGUGUCACAGAGGAGAGGGGCUCUUCAGGUACUCAACUUGUUUUGUUAAGAUUGUAAAAGAAGCCACAGAAACAAAAUGUUCUCCCGCGCAGUCAGACCUACCGUCGGCCUGGUUCGGAGCCUGUCCACCUCGACGCAGAACAACGCCAAGGUGGCUGUGCUAGGAGCGUCAGGCGGCAUAGGCCAGCCGCUAUCUCUGCUACUGAAGAAUAGCCCCCUGGUGAGUCACCUCUCCCUCUAUGAUAUUGCCCACACACCCGGAGUGGCUGCAGACCUGAGCCACAUCGAGACCAGAGCACAGGUGACCGGCCACAUGGGCCCCGAUCAGCUCGAUGCUGCUCUGCAGGGCUGCGAAGUCGUGGUGAUCCCCGCCGGUGUGCCCAGGAAACCAGGCAUGACUCGCGAUGACCUCUUCAACACCAACGCCACCAUCGUAGCCACCUUGGCAGAUGCCUGUGCCCGCAAUUGCCCCGAGGCUAUGAUCUGCAUCAUUGCCAACCCUGUCAACUCCACCAUCCCGAUUACAUCAGAGGUCAUGAAGAAGCAUGGAGUCUACAACCCCAACAGAGUGUUUGGUGUCACAACCCUGGACAUUGUCAGAGCAAACGCCUUCGUUGCAGAGCUUAAAGGCCUUGACCCAGCUCGCGUCAAUGUCCCAGUCAUUGGAGGUCACGCAGGGAAGACCAUCAUUCCCCUCAUUUCCCAGUGCACACCUAAAGUAGAGUUCCCCGCUGACCAGCUGUCCGCCCUGACCGUCCGGAUCCAGGAUGCUGGCACAGAGGUGGUGAAGGCCAAGGCUGGAGCCGGAUCUGCCACCCUCUCCAUGGCCUACGCUGGUGCUCGCUUCACCUUCUCCCUCCUGGAUGCCAUGAACGGGAAGGAGGGUGUGGUGGAGUGCUCCUAUGUCAGGUCUGAGGAGACAGAGUGCAAGUACUUCUCCACACCUAUUCUCCUGGGGAAGAACGGCAUUGAGAAGAACCUUGGGCUGGGCAAGCUGUCUGCCUUCGAGGAGAAGCUGGUGGCUGAAGCCAUGGAUGAGCUGAAGGGGUCGAUCAAGAAGGGCGAGGAUUUUGUGGCUAAAAUGAAGUGAACAGGAGGCAUUUAGUUUAAGACCUGUGAUUGAUUGAUUUGUUCCGUCUUAACUUGAAAGGCAUCCGGUAAAUCUCAAGAUCUGUCAGUGUUUCCUCUUUUGUUUUUGUUUAAGCAGCAGGGUACUUUCAUUUCACAAAUCCCCAUUCCUGUGUAUCCUUACCUUUUCAAACAUGGCUUUAUCACGUGGCUGUGAUUUGUGUACAUACUGUACCGACUUAUUUUAUUUUGCAAAUGUUAAAUUUAAAAGAGUCUCUUAUAUUUUCAUGUACAGUCUGUAUUAGUGGGAAUUUCUCUGCUGAAUGAAUGAGGGGGAAAUACUGUCAUCAUGCCUGUCGAUGCAAAUAGAUGUUACUGAUGAGCAAAAAUACUCACUCCACCAAUAAACAGAUUAGCUUUAAA